CGAAGAAGAAGAAGGUGACCGCCAUGACACACCGCACAGCUGCCUGAAACAACGACAGCGAAGAAUGAAAAUAUUAUUUUGAUUUGGUUAUAUUUCAGCGUUUGUAAAUUCAAAGGAGAUUGUCUUUAGUUGUACACCAUGGAGCCGACAGCGCCCAAAAGCAAGCUGAAGAAACUGAGUGAAGACAGUCUAACAAAACAACCAGAGGAGGUCUUUGAUGUUCUGGAAAAACUUGGUGAAGGGUCCUAUGGCAGUGUGUUUAAAGCCAUCCAUAAGGAGUCAGGCCAGGUGGUGGCUAUCAAACAGGUGCCUGUUGAGUCAGACCUCCAGGAGAUCAUCAAGGAGAUAUCCAUCAUGCAGCAGUGUGACAGUCCCUAUGUGGUGAAGUACUAUGGCAGCUACUUUAAGAACACAGACCUGUGGAUAGUGAUGGAGUACUGUGGAGCCGGCUCUGUUUCAGACAUCAUCAGACUACGCAAUAAGACGCUCACAGAGGAUGAGAUAGCCACCAUCCUCAAGUCCACAUUGAAAGGUCUGGAGUAUCUGCAUUUCAUGAGGAAGAUCCACAGAGACAUCAAGGCAGGCAACAUUCUCCUCAACACAGAGGGCCAUGCCAAACUGGCUGACUUUGGAGUAGCGGGACAACUCACGGACACGAUGGCAAAGCGGAACACGGUGAUCGGGACUCCGUUCUGGAUGGCUCCAGAGGUCAUCCAGGAGAUAGGAUAUAACUGUGUGGCAGACAUCUGGUCCCUGGGCAUCACGUCUAUAGAGAUGGCUGAGGGCAAACCUCCCUACGCUGAUAUACAUCCCAUGAGGGCUAUUUUCAUGAUCCCAACCAACCCUCCACCUACGUUCAGGAAGCCUGAGAUGUGGACAGACUAUAGACUUCACACACUUUUAAAGAAAUGUCUGGUGAAGAACCCAGAACAGAGAGCUACAGCCAGUGAGACACAGCUACUGCAGCAUCCGUUCAUCACGGCAGCCAAGCCAGUCACCAUCCUGAGAGACCUGAUCACUGAGUCCAUGGAGAUGAAGGCUAAGCGACAACAGGAGCAGCAGAGAGAGCUGGAGGAGGAGGACGACUCUGAAGAGGAGGUGGAAGUGGACUCCCACACCAUGGUGAAGUCUGGGUCAGAGGGGGCUGGCACCAUGAGAGCUACCAGCACCAUGAGUGACGGAGCUCAGACCAUGAUCGAGCACGGCAGUACCAUGUUAGAGGCAGACCUGGGAACCAUGGUCAUCAACAGUGAUGAGGAGGAGGAGGACAACGAUGAAGGCUCAAUGAGGAGACACCCCACCUCCCAGCAGGCCCUGAGACCCUCCUUCAUGGACUACUUUGACAAGCAGGACUCUAAGGUCCAACAGGAGAGCUAUAACCAUAACCGGCAGCAGGAACCAGGCUAUCACAUCAGCCAGGCUAAGAACGUCUUCCCUGACAACUGGAAGGUUCCUCAGGACGGAGACUUUGACUUUCUGAAGAACCUUGACUUUGAGGAGCUGCAGCUGCGUCUGACGGCUCUGGACCCCAUGAUGGAGAGAGAGAUCGAGGAGCUGCGCCAGCGCUACACCGCCAAGAGACAACCCAUCCUCGAUGCAAUGGACGCCAAGAAACGCAGACAGCAGAACUUCUGAAGAGCCUGACCUGAGGAACACAUUCUGACCUGGGCCCGUGUUCAUACAGUGUCUCACAUUCCAGAGUGCUGAUCUAGGCUAAGGUCCACUUUCCAUGUAAUCUUAUUCCUUAUGAUCUAAAAGGCAGAACUGAUGCUAGAUCAGCACUCUGGCAGCAGAACUGCUGAGGACCUUAUAGAAGGCAUGGUGCUUUCUUUUAAGACCUGACCAAGGGAGAGGAGAGACCUGACAGCUCUCUGGAAUUUAAUUCAACCUGUGCUCCUAAAUGUCAAUUUUCUCAUCACCACCCCAGUAGUCAGGAUGACUCCAGUCCACACUAUUUUCCCAUUGUUCUGGACUAAUGUAACAACUAUUAGCCUCCCCAUCUGUUAAUGAUGAACCUGUAGGUAGCCUCACAUCUCUGUUAAUUAUGAACCUGUAGGUAGCCUCACAUCUCUGUUAAUUAUGAACCUGUAGGUAGCCUCACAUCUCUGUUAAUGAUGAACCUGUAGGUAGCCUCACAUCUCUGUUAAUGAUGAACCUGUAGGUAGCCUCACAUCUCUGUUAAUGAUGAACCUGUAGGUAGCCUCACAUCUCUGUUAAUGAUGAACCUGUAGGUAGCCUCACAUCUCUGUUAAUGAUGAACCUGUAGGUAGCCUCACAUCUCUGUUAAUGAUGAACCUGUAGAUAGCCUCUCAUCUCUCUGUUAAUUAUGAACCUGUAGGUAGCCUCACAUCCCAAAGUAUAAUUUUCCUAAAGAUGUUUCUCCCCUUUUUAAAGCGUCCUUUGACUGAUAAAUACUAGCUGGGUUUCUCCUAGCAAUGUAUACUGUUAUCAGGCUCUUGGGGAAAUUACCAGCAGUAAUGGAAAAUAAUAUUAAAGUUACUUGUAGACUUUCUGCAUUGUAAUUUCAGAAAAUGUCCAGAAUAUAUCUGCAGUAAUAGUGGAAUGAUAGUGUUUUACACAACCAACAAAAUGUUUGAUUGACAUCAACAGCCAGACUGGCUUCUGUUGUCAAGAUGGGAAAACUGCACCCUCCCCCUCUCCCAUCGGCAUUACUAAGAGGCGUGGUCAUCUCCUCAAGCACGACCAACAAUGGCAGACUGGGUAAAGCGCCCAAUCACUCUUUCCUGGUUACCACAGUUCUACGCUCUUUCCUGGUUACCACAGUUCUACGCUCUUUCCUGGUUACCACAGUUCUACGCUCUUUCCUGGUUACCACAGUUCUACGCUCUUUCCUGGUUACCACAGUUCUACGCUCUUUCCUGGUUACCACAGUUCUACGCUCUUUCCUGGUUACCACAGUUCUACACUCUUUCCUGGUUACCACAGUUCUACGCUCUUUCCUGGUUACCACAGUUCUACGCUCUUUCCUGGUUACCACAGUUCUACACACUUUCCUGGUUACCACAGUUCUACACUCUUUCCUCAAUUCCUGUUUAUGUGAGAACAUAUAGUUGGGAAUCAUUGUACCAUCUAAAUUGCUGUGAAUAUAUAUUUUUAAUAGCAAAAAAUAUAGUUUUUACAGCUAGUUGGUGGAUGAAAUGGAAAGUAAAAUAGUCUUACCGCAAUGCUCCAGGGAAAUAGCUGUUGGAACACUCCACUAUGGUAGAGGCAGCCAGCCGGGGGGGCGGUAGAGGGGAUCGAUGGGAACCCCGUGGUGUUUGUUUGAUAUUAUCAGGAUGUAAUACUCUAUAUAACCCAGUUACGGAAAGCUGUGGCGCUUUGUCCACGACCAAAGACUGUCUUAAUGAGAACGAAAGAGCAAUGAAUUCACAUGAUCUGAGUGGACAGACUCCUUUUCUAGGAACUAGAUCUGAAACCUAAUGGAGGUGAUGUGACCUGAAUGGACAGACUGUUUUCUCCCAAUAGGAACUAAAUUGAACAAAAAUAUAAACACAACAUGUAAAGUUUUGGUUGAAGAGUUGAAAUAAAAAAUCCCAGAAAUUUUC